AUGGCGGUGCCGGAGAGCGGCGGCGCCGGCAAGGGGAGCAAUGGAGAGGCGGUGGGUUCCGGUGCAGUGGACAAGCACGCCGCGGUCGUCCGCCGCGCGGCGGGGAUAGCCAGCGUGGAGGCCAAGCGGAGCGCCACCGCGGAUGUCCGCCGCGCGGCGGGGGCUUCCGGGACCGUGGGUUACCCCGACGGCGGCGGGCGCCGGGACGACGAGCCCGUCCGCGAGGAGCUGCACGGCAGCGGCGGCGACUACAACGACCCCUCCAAGUCCAAGCGUGUCCGCGGCGAGCCCCACGUCGAGCGCGCGCUCUCCGCGGUGUUCCGCGGCGAGGAGACCCACGUCGAGCGCGUGCCCAGCGAGGAGGUCUUCGGCGAGGCCGACGUCGAGCAGGACCUCGGAGAUGCCGUGAACUACCUCCGCGGCGAUGAGGACUACGUCGGCCGCGAGAUCACCGUCGAUGUUCGCUGCGGCGCCCACGUCAAGGUCAAGCGCGCCGCCGAGUUACCCGACGAGGUCCUCGUCGAGGAGCUCGAUGGCCAAAACGACUGCGAGCUCACCGCGGUGUUCCGCGGCGAGGAGGCCUACGUCGAGCCCGCGCCGGGCUGGGAGGUCCGCGGCGAGGACGCCGCGGAGGCCUACGUCGAGCGCGCGCUCUCCGCGGUGUUCCGCGGCGAGGAGACCCACGUCGAGCGCGUGCCCAGCGAGGAGGUCUUCGGCGAGGCCGACGUCGAGCAGGACCUCGGAGAUGCCGUGAACUACCUCCGCGGCGAUGAGGACUACGUCGGCCGCGAGAUCACCGUCGAUGUUCUCUGCGGCGCCCACGUCAAGGUCAAGCGCGCCGCCGAGUUACCCGACGAGGUCCUCGUCGAGGAGCUCGAUGGCCAAAACGACUGCGCGCUCACCGCGGUGUUCCGCGGCGAGGAGGCCUACGUCGAGCCCGCGCUGGGCGGGGAGGUCCGCCGCGAGCACGGCGAGGAGGUCCACGUCGAGCCCGCGCCGGGCGGGGAGGUCCGCCGCGAGCACGGCGAGGAGGUCCACGUCGAGCACGUCGUUGUACUGGACCACGAGCCGGUGGAGGCUACUGCGGGCUUGGUUCUCGGUGCUCCCGUUCCGGCGGCUGUACGCGCGGCCGUGUUAGAGGCUCGCGCUCUCAAGAACAUGGAGGGUGCCAAAGCGGCUAAAGAAGCAAGAAAACUUUGGGAGCGCGGGAACUUAAAUGGUAGCAACAAUGGUUGCAAUUCCAAUUCACCCUCGCCUUCUGAGAAAAGAAGGUUUGCUGACCCUAAAGAAAAGAUUUUUCAGAAAUUUGAUGUAGAGGCCUCCUACCUUACUGGGAAUGAAGACAGUGAUAGCAAGUACAGACGUUUGGUUGAUUUAUUCAACCAAAUGAUCUCUCUGAUGGAAGCCGUUGAACAUGGUCUGUCACUUGAAGAUUCUAAGGACCUCGAACGUGAAAUGAAAUCAACUAUUCACGAGAUAAGAAAGGUCCGUCAGACUAUAAGAGUGAUGGGUGGCAAAGCCCCAAAUACCCCACCAGAGUUUCUAUUCAGAGAUGUCUUAGAGUAAACAUUCUUCGUGAAGAGGUUUCGGCUCUCUGUCGUGAUUUCUGUUGUGUCCUGAUUUCUGUACAUGAAUGAAUUUGUUUAGUUACUGACUCAAAGUGUUGCCUAUGAUUCCUGGUAGUUUUUUUGGCUGGGUUUUUUUACCAAGGCUAGCAGAGGGUGGUCUGCUCCAGUAGUUCUGUCCCAGACCCUCUAUGAUUCUCUCUCUUUUGCUGCACUCUUUUACUCCUUUCAUGUAAAAACUCUAUGAUACAUUUGUAGUAAUGGAAAUGGGGCCAUGCAGCCCUUGAUAAAAAAAAAAUGUUGCCUAUGAUUUCUGUGCAUGACUAUCAACUGGUGCAGAUGUUGAGUUCUUUGUUACUCGAUUUCUGCAUACUUGGAUAAUUCUUACUAUGCC